GUUCUCCUGUGUCUACAGCUUACCUGAUACCACCUCCCUAUCAGCCUACCUAAUCAUACCUAAUCAUCUCGAAUUCCUCGUCCCCGAGUAUCUAAUUUCACCCUUGCGAGAACGCACAAUGCUAUUAUGGCAGCCUUGAUCGGAGACGUCUUCACGGACUCCUCUCGCUUUCAUAACAUGAUUGGCGGUGUGGGACUUCAGCACGCGCACGACUCUCGCUACCACCACCCCGUCAGUCGAUCCCGGGAUAGAGAAACACCACCCUCCUCCCAACCGCGCACAGCAACGACUCCAACCCAGCGUUACGCUCGUCGCAACGACCGGGAAAACGCCGCCACCGAAGCCCCCUACAAGGCGCUUGCCUCGACCGGCGAAGCCACUCACAUCCCCUCGCCACCUUCAUCCUCCUCCCCCAGUCGAACAUCUGCCGGCGCCCGUCCCCAGCAUGGGACUAGCCCCAGAUAUAUGGCAUCAGCGACGCCCGAUCCAUCGGCCCCCGCUCUGGUAGCAUCGUCCGUCACGUCGACGUCGACCGAGUCUUCCACAUCCACCAUCACAACCGCCACUCCUGCCCAGCCGUUCUCCCAGCAGAUCCCCUCCCCCGCCUGGGACGGCCGUCCGCAAUGGAUGGCCUCUUCUUCGAAUCCGACGAGUGAUGCCAGAUCCCCGGCGCCAACCCAGACCACCGUACGGGUGCGGGACUUGGCACACAUCCAGAGCCUCGCGCGAGCGGAUUUGAUAUCGGGGGAUGGGCCGGGAAUACUGAACGACCCUCCGCUACAGGCUAUGAAGUACGAGAUUAGCGCCAUGCCCAUUGCAGAUAUCAUCGAGAUGGUGGCCGCCCUGCUCACAAAGAUCACCACGACCAACGAUUUACAGCACGACGCUCUCAACCGAAACGCCGCGCACAUCAAGCAGGCACAGGCCGCCGCAAGUAGAAGUGAUGAUGCCGGCUCCGGCGGUAGCGGCGACCACUCCAGCCCGCUCAGCAGCAGCGUGUUGGCAUUCCACGGAAAGAACGUGCCCGCGAUCACGAUAUUGAGCUACCUCAGCCGGAUCAACAAAUACUGCCCGACCACGUACGAGGUUUUCCUAAGCUUGCUGGUAUACUUUGACCGCAUGACGGAGCGGGUGAACGAUCUAGUCGUGAAGUCCGAGGAGGCGCGACGGCAGCAACAGCCGCGAGCAUCGCAGGCGAGGCCUUUAGCCGGCGCUGACGUCGACACGGUCAUGCGCGACGGCGGCGACGACGACGAUGACGGCAACGAGAGCGAGGGAAGCGGCGAGAUCGACUCAGAUCUUGCUGACGAUGACGAUGACGACGAGAGCGAAGGGAGCCAGCCGACCGCCCGCGUGAGGGAGGCAGGGGGAGCAGCAGUCACAGUUCCACCGACGCAACCCACCGCCCCGCCUGUCAGCCAAGCCACAUACUUUGUUGUGGACAGUUUUAAUAUCCACCGCCUAAUCAUUGCAGGUGUUACCUGCGCGAGCAAGUUCUUCUCAGACGUGUUCUACACCAACUCGCGCUAUGCUAAGGUCGGCGGACUCCCUCUAGGAGAACUCAACCAUCUCGAGCUCCAAUUCCUUCUCCUCAACGAUCCUUCCGCGCCGCGCCAGCUAGCUUUCCGGUAGAAGGAAUGCAAAGGCCGGGGUGCGAGGGACAGGGGGAUGAAUAAACCGGGCUUCUUGAUUUGUCUUUUUUGGGGUGUGUUUUUGAUACCCGGAUAGAUACGUCGGGCCUCACUGCUGCAAUGAUUAGAUACGGUCCAAGCCAUGAUGUUUUGUCUGGGGGCUUAUACGGAAGAGGGAAGAUCUCCGCCCAAGCAACGCUGGGCGUCCAGAUGGUGGCGGG